AUGACAAAUUUAAGAUCGCAACUAUUUUUUGUUAUUCUAUCUGUCAUUUCUAUUUUUCAUCUUUGUGGCGCAAUCUCUUCUUGCAAUGGGCCAUGUCACACUCUAAACGAUUGUCAAGGAAAAUUGAUUUGCAUAAAUGGAAUAUGCCAGGAUGAUCCUAACCUUGGCACACACAUUUGUUCCGGCGGUGGAGGAGGAUCAGGUCCACCAUCUUCCGGCAACGGUUGUCAUUCAAUUGGAAACUUGAACUGCAAGGGAAAAUCCUUUCCCCAAUUCAAAUGCUCGCCUCCAGUGACAUCUUCUACUCGAGCCGUGCUGACAAAUAACGACUUUACCAAAGGUGGGAGUGGAGGGGACCCGUCAGAGUGCGAUGGGAAGUUCCAUGAUAACUCUGACCCAAUAGUGGCGUUGUCCACAGGUUGGUACAAUGGGGGUUCGAGAUGUGGGAAAAUGAUCCAGAUUACGGCUCAAAAUGGAAGGUCGGUGUUGGCUAAGGUGGUGGAUGAGUGUGAUUCCGUGAAUGGAUGCGACAAAGCGCAUGCUCAUUUGCCACCGUGUCACAAUAAUAUUGUGGAUGGCUCAGAUGCUGUAUGGCAUGCUUUGGAACUUGAUAUAGAUGUGGGCGAAAUACCUGUUACCUGGUCUGAUGCUUAG